GUAGAUCGUUGUGAAUUAGUCAUCGUCGGUGUUGUUGCGUCAGUGGCAAGCACGCACGAAAUUCAAAUUUUAACUCGAAACAGUUCUUCUCAAGCCUCUCGCAAUUGUGUUUUAUUAGCGCCUGUGUCUCUCUUGUUAUCGAAAAUACCAUCAUUGACAAUACCAAAACUGCAACACUACUAAUUCUACUACACGGAUAGAUAGACCUUAUUAGUAAAGUCUGCGCCCUCUCACCAACGAACACCAAAGAGACCCCAACUCAGCUCUCACCUGCCGAAUACGAACGAAAGAAGAGCGAUAAUAACGCGGAUGUGUUAUAUCUAGUUUUUCUAAAACUCAAAGAACUGUUUUUUAAGGACAACGAUCCUUGGCUCAUCCACAACCACAUUCGGUGAAUGAUUGUGCGUUAAAUCAGAAGUGUGUCAUCGGCCAACAAAAGAGAAGCAAACAUGUCAAUCCUGGAGUUUGAAGAGUGUUUUGAACAAAGCUGGGAAGAGAUCGAUCCCAAUGGCGAGAACUCAAUCAACGACAACGACCUCAAGAAUGCUCUUGACUUGGCGGGCUAUAAGUUGCCCAACCACAAAGUCCGGGAUCUCAUAGCCGAGAUGAAGAAACAGGGACGCAUCGGAAACGAUCAGAAACUUUCCAAAGAUAUUUUUAAAGAGAUUUGCCGGGCCCAAAAAAUGCAAGACCAAACGCAAGAUUGGAAGACCACCAAGAUCAUCACCGAAGAUGACGAAGCCAUCACCCACAAAAGCGAACAUGGUUACAGUUACCAUAUGAUUUUCAAAGAGGAGCAGCGCUCUUUCUCGAAUUGGAUCAACGAGAACUUGGGUCGCAUGCCUGAAUUGGCACACCUUGUUCCCCUGAAGAAUGAUGGUGCAGAUUUGUACGACAAAGUUGCCGACGGAAUCAUCCUCUGCACCCUCAUCAAUUUUGCGGUUCCCGAUACAAUUGAUCCUCGUGUGAUCAACAAAGGGCCCAAACUGUCCGUGUUCAAGGCCCACGAGAAUCUGACCUUGGCCAUUACGUCUGCCAAGGCCAUCGGAUGCCAUGUGGUCAACAUGGAUUCGCAUGUCCUCUCUGAAGGCCGCCAGCACAUUGUCCUUGGACUUUUAUGGCAAAUCAUCGCCCGGUUCUUGUUCGAUGGAAUUACUUUGCAAAAUGUGCCCAGUUUGUUGUGUCUUCUUCGUGAUGGAGAAAGCCAUGAGGACUUGAUGAAGCUCUCACCAGAACAAAUUCUGUUGCGAUGGGUUAAUUUUCAACUGGAAAGGGCUGGAACGGAUAAGCGGGUGGUUAACUUCAAGGACGACAUUCGAGAUUCGGAGGCCUAUGCCCACCUGAUCCAUCAGAUUGCUCCCAAAGAUGCGGGUGUCAACAUUGCCGCUCUAGAGAGAAAAGACCUCACGAAAAGGGCCGAGGGUACCUUGGAUCAGGCAGAAAAGAUCGACUGUCGAGCCUUUGUCACGGCCUCGGAUGUGGUGAAUGGGGUCGAGAAGCUGAAUUUGGCCUUCGUGGCCAAUUUGUUCAACAACUAUCCGGCUUUGGAUGACGUGGAGGCAACUGAGAUUGUCGAAAUCCAAGAGACUCGGGAGGAAAAGAUGUACAGGAAUUGGAUGAACUCUCUGGGUGUCAAUCCCUAUGUGAAUUAUCUUUAUGGUGACUUGUACGAUGGUUUGAUCAUGUUUCAAAUCUAUGAGAUCAUCCAACCUGGCAUUGUGGACUGGAAACGAGUGACAAGGAAAUUCAGCAAAAUCAACGCGAAACGGUCCAUCGAGGUUCUACAGAAUUGCAAUUAUGCCGUUGAAUUGGGCAAGAAACUGAGCUUUAUUUUGGUUGGCAUAGAGGGUAACGACAUCAUGACCGGGAAUAAGACCCUCACUUUGGGAUUAGUGUGGCAAUUGAUGAGAAAGUACACGUUGUCCCUUUUGGCCAAAUUGAGCCCUGAUGGAACACCCAUUGUUGAAACCGAAAUCCUUGCGUGGGCCAACCAAAGACUUCAAGAGAAGGGUGUCGUUGUUAAGCACUUCCAGGACCCCGCCAACAAGACCGCGUUGCCUGUGAUUCACCUGAUUGAUGCCAUGAGGGAAGGCGUCAUUGAUUACUCCCUGGUCAAAUCUGGUGACAAGUUGACGUUAGAGGAAUGUAUGAGUAAUGCCAAAUAUGCCAUCACCAUGGGUCGCAAGAUCGGGGCUCCCAUUUAUGCUCUACCAGAGGAUUUGACUGAGGUCAAGCACAAAAUGGUCAUGACCAUGUAUGCUAGUCUCAUGUUAGUAGACAUGUCCUGAAAACACCCGAUGUGUGUCAAAGUUUUCAGCAAUUCAUUAUCUUGUUCCUCUUCCUCUACCUGUUUCCUUUACUUAAAUUGCGUACCACAAAUUGGUUUUAGGGAUCUCCCAAUAUAGAACCGGGUAGAACAUGUUUACCCGUUUAGUUCGACCGUGUUUUGACUUGUGAUUUGAUUACAGCUGGUGAUGUCAUUUCCAUUUCUUUUAAAACAUGAAUAAUAUGCGAUUUUAAAGUCUUUUAUACCAUUAGAAAUAAACUUGAAUCGGACUCGCGGCUUAA